AUGACUCGUUGGCCAUGGAAGCAUGCGGCAUUUGUUCAGGUUCUGUUGGUGCUGCUGCUGUUCCAGGCUCUGCGCAGUAUUAAAUCAUUUAGUGAUGAGUUCUUAUUAAAUAAGGAGAUCAUAGGCAUGCUAUUUAACAUUCUCAACAGCAUACUCUUGAAGGGAAUAAAGGAGGUGGGAAUGAAAUUUGAUCAGACCUGUUUGAUGAGAAUAUUUUUCAACUGUUGUUGCGGGGAAUUCAAGCUGUUGAUGCUACUUGAUGUUGUGCUUGCUGCUGCUAUGGACAAUGAUGUUGAUGGCCGUGGCGAUACAGGAGGAGGCAGCUGA